UGGACCCGACCCGGAGCCUUGCCGGACCUGCCUCUCUCUCCUCCGCCGCGCCGGCCCGCCGUCCUCCAUCGCUUCGAGCCGUCCCCGCCCCGGGUAAGUGGGUGCCCCGGGCCGGCGCGGGAAUGAGCUGCGUCGGGGGGAGCGUCGUCCUCCCUCCCGGAGAGCCGCAGCGAGAGCCUGCCGUCGCGCUGGGGCUGCCGGACGGAGCCGGGGAGGCCAGCGGGGACGCCUUAGAGGACGGAAGGAGAGGCGACUCCAGCGUCAGCGAGGGCCGGAGGGGCGGUUCCGAGAGCGGCCGCUCCAAGGUGGGGGCCGCCGGCGGCAACAAACCCGACACCCGCUCGGUGUGCAGUAGCGAAAGCGGCAGCGGCAGCCACUUCGGCGGGGCCGGCCCCAUCUGCAAGAUCUGCUUCCAGGGCGCCGAGCAGGGUGAAUUGUUAAAUCCUUGCCGCUGCGAUGGUUCAGUACGAUACACUCAUCAGCUUUGCCUGUUGAAGUGGAUAAGUGAAAGAGGAUCAUGGACCUGUGAACUCUGCUGUUACAGAUACCAUGUCAUAGCAAUUAAAAUGAAAAAGCCUUGUCAGUGGCAAAGCAUUACUAUAACACUGGUUGAGAAAGUGCAGAUGGUUGCUGUAAUCCUAGGAUCUCUGUUCUUAGUAGCCAGUGUGACUUGGCUUCUAUGGUCAGCCUUCAGCCCUUAUGCAGUAUGGCAAAGAAAGGACAUCCUUUUUCAAAUCUGCUAUGGAAUGUAUGGUUUUAUGGAUCUAGUAUGCAUAGGCCUGAUAGUACAUGAAGGUGCAGCUGUUUAUCGAGUGUUUAAGCGCUGGAGGGCUGUGAAUCUACACUGGGAUGUGUUGAAUUACGAUAAAGCCACAGACAUAGAAGAGAGCAACCGGGGAGACUCUUCAGCAGGAAGGACAUUGUGGCUACCGCUGACUGCAUUUAGAAACAGAAGUUUAGUUCAUCCAACACAGUUAAGUUCACCAAGAUUCCAGUGUGGCUAUGUGUUCUUACACCUGUUCAACCGCAUGAGACCUCAGGAAGAUUCAUCAGAGGAUAAUGGCUCUGGGGAAGUAGUGAUGAGAGUGACCUCGGUGUAAAAGAUGAUGCUCACUGUGCUGCACAGAUCAUACGCUCAGACGUUAACAGACUUUGGAAUGUGGUUGUGGUGAAUGGUGAAACCAUAAGCACUUGAAAAAACAGACAUACUUCUUUUUUUUUUUUAAAGAAUGCUUUUUAUAAGAUCAGCUAAAACACAAACACAUUUUUUCCUGGGGAAAAAAACCACCCCAGUGUCUUGAUUUUUAUAUAGUUUGGUUUAUUAGAUCUAUUGUUAACUUGUACCUGAGGUGUAUACAAUAGAGUGUAACUUCUAAGUCUUUGAGUGCUGAGGAAAUUCAGAUUUAAGUUGAAAAAAACCAAGUAAAUGUAUUUUUAUAAACUCUGGCUUUAAUACACUAUUGUUGUUCUUCCCACUUCCAGAAGGAUUGAAAUGAAAAGCCUUCUUCUAAAAAGAAAAGGAAUGCUGACACAAA